GUUUAAUAGAAAUUAUACUAUGAUAUUUUAGAAAGGAGUAUUGCAUGAGGAUAUGGACAAUAUUAAGAUGAUACCCUUGUAAUAAAUCAUUGAAUAGAAAUAACUAGUACCUGUGACGAUAAUUUUAAAAUUGCUAUAUUAAUUAACUCUAAGUACCAAAGUUUAUAUUUUAGUCUUAAAUACAAUUCAUUAUGAAGGGAAGAACAUUGGUAAUUUACGGAUGGAAGAAUUGUUAGUAAGGGAAAUUGGAGAAUUAGAAAAGUUAGAUAUUUUCAUACGCCAAAAUAUUAUAAAAGAGGAUAAGCAAAAUAAUGAAUAACCUAUUCUAAAUUAAUUGAAAAUUAUUUGUAAUUUAUUGUAAAUAUUUUAAGUGAUUAAGUUUGGUUUGAAUCCUUUAGAUAUUAAUUAGACUGAGGAUUUUGAACAAAUUCUAUUAUAUAUUUUGAGGAAAUUAAAUAUAGAUUUACAAAAAGAUAAUUGGAGAGAAUAGAUUCUAAGUAUUAUUUAUGGGUUAGAAAUUACUGAUGUUUAAUAUUUUAAUUGCGGUUUCACCUAUAUCUAUCGUGUUAAAGUGCCAUAUUACAUUAAUACUACGCAUGAUUAAAUCAUUAUUAAAUGGAUUCAUUAGAAAGAGCAAACAAGCAAAAGAUUAUUUGAGGUGGAAAAUUAUAAGAACCUGAAAUAAUAAAAUCAACUCAAAAAUAUAAACUAAAUAGACUUAUUUUGCUACUCUUUGGAUAUAAAUAAUUCGACUCUAAUGUUUUUACAAAAAUAUAGUUUGACUUUAAAAGACUAUACUAAGAUUUCUGAAGGGAAGCUAAUGAUCUAGGAAAAAAUGAAAAUUUGUUGUAAAUUAGCUGAUGAAUUGAAAAAGUUGCAUGAUAAAAAUAAAAUUCAUAGGGAUUUAAAACCAGAAAAUAUCAUGGUUACUGGAAAAGAUACAUACACAGAUAGAUUAUACGACAUUACAGUUCAAAAUAUCAAUGAUAUUGAUAAACUUUAAUGGUAAAUUAUAGAUUUUGAAUCAGCUAUAGAAAAAGGAGAGACUGAUGAUUUUAGAGGAACAAGGAAUUAUUUACCUCCAGAAAAUAUGUCUGGAAAAGCAUUUAAAGAAAGCUAUGAUAUUUGGUAAAUGGGACUUUGUUUCUUAUUCUUUAUAACACAAUCAGAAGUCAGUUAUAAAAAAGAUUUGGAAUAAAGGAAUGCCAAGAUAUAGGAAUUGCUUAAUACCCUAAAAGAUAAGAAAAAUAUAGGCUCAUAAAGUGAAACUAUGUACCGCAUAAUUUCUAAAAUGGUUAGCAUUAAACCAGAGGAGAGACCUAAUUUGGAAGCUGUUAUAAAAGAACUAAAUUCUGCUAUUAUUAAUUGA